AAGGCCCAGAAAACAUAAAAACAACCCAACUCAUUAGCAAAAGACAAAACGGGGAGUUUUGAGUCCAUCUUCUUCAAAUCUCUGAAUCUGCCAUUGGGUCCCUCUCUUCGCUCUCCUCCUCCAAAAAUGUCGUCGUCUUCUUCAAUCUCAUCGUCGUUUCGAUUAUUCACCACCAAAAUCCCUACCUCAAUUCUCAACCCUAAAACCCCAAAACCCCCAUCUCUGUCUUUUCCCCAAAGGCACAUCACUUUCCAAAGAAUCCCCACCAUAUCCGCCUCCUCCCCUCCGCCGCCGUCCGCAUCCGCUUCGAGCUCCACGUCCCUACAGCCGGUCGAGGACCUCCCUCCGAAGCUCCAGGAAAUCGUCAAGCUUUUCCAGUCCGUAGAGGUCCCCAAGGCCAAGUACGAGCAGCUUCUGUUCUACGGCAAGAAUUUGAAGCCGUUGGAUGAUCGAUUCAAGACGAAGCAGAACAAAGUGGAGGGAUGCGUCUCUCAGGUGUGGGUCAGGGCGUAUCUUGAUUCGGACAAGAAUGUGUUUUUCGAGGCCGAUUCCGACUCGGUCCUCACCAAGGGGCUCGCUGCUUUGCUAGUUAGCGGGUUAUCGGGCCGCCCGGUGGAUGAGGUUUUGCGGGUUUCGCCCGAUUUCGCGGUGCUUCUGGGUCUGCAGCAGAGCCUGACGCCGUCGAGGAAUAAUGGGUUUUUGAAUAUGUUGAGGUUGAUGCAGAGGAAGGCGAAGGAGUUGCUUGUGGAGGAAGAAAAUGGAGGGGAGAGUGAGCGUUUCGCAGCGAAAAUUGAAGAUAGUGUCAAAAGUUUGGAGCUUGGAGUGGAUUCUGAAGUGGGUGGGGAAAAGAAUUCGAAUUCGAAUUCGGGUUUGAGAGUUGAUGGUGGGAUUGAGGGUGAGGAUAUUGGAUUGAGUUCUGGAGAAAAUGUUAAGCAAUUGGACCUGGUAGCGAGUGAAAUGAGCGAAAAUGUGGCAGAUUCUGGUGACUUGGGAAGCAGAGGGAAGAGAAUUCAGGAGAAAUUGAUGGGAGAGUUAAGUCCUGUGGAAUUGGAAGUGGAAGACAUUUCUUAUCAACAUGCCGGGCAUGCCGGGGUUAGAGGAGGUGGUGAUGGGGAGACGCAUUUCAAUGUGAGAGUUGUGUCUAAGAAGUUUGAAGGGAAGAGUUUGGUUAAGAGGCAUAGGCUAUAUGGUUUGUUGAAAGAAGAAUUGCAAAGUGGACUACAUGCAUUGUCGAUUGUGGCGAAAACACCGUCUGAAGUGAGUGGAGGGUGAAGGCACGGCUCCGGGUUUCUCAUGUAAAAGAGAUAUGUUAAUAUAUGCAAGGGGCAGCACCCAAGGUAUUAACGGACAUUCAUCGGGUUUUGGUAGGCUGAAGUCAGUUAAAGGGCAAAUAUGAAGCCAACUCUAAUCUUCAAAAGGGCAACACUCAAGGUAUCUAUGGACAUUCACCGAAGUUCGGAAGGUCAGCACCUAAGUUAUCUAUGAACGUUCAUCGAAAUUCGGGGGGUCAGCUGACCCCCAUGCCCCUUAAUGGAUCCGCCAGUGGUGCCAACAUUCUAGCGAGCCAGCUAUAUAUUUUAGUAGUCUUUGCGAUUCUUUCGAACUUUGAUUGACUUGGUAUAUGACAAUGAAUAUGCUUUUAAAGCAAAUAAUGAAACGUAACGAUAUAGCACUUAGGGAGAUCAAUAAUUGUAAUGGUAACCUUAAAUUUGCAGACUAAAUCUCUUUGUAAGGCAGUUUUGAUAUGUAUUGUUGUCUGGUAGAAAUUCUAGUAGUACAAAGUACAGAGGUUGUGCUAGUUUUCAUCUGCUGGCUACGCUCCAGCCACAAGCUGUCCAUUGCGUAACAUGAUUGAUUGUCUAGUACAUAGUCGUAUUGAACAUCGGA